AAGCUUCCAAACCUGCAACCUUGCAACCUGCAACCUGCAAAGCUGCAACCUAUAUGGGGCCCAGUCCAGAAGAAGAGAAAAAAAAAAAAAAAUAGAAGUGUAUCUCUUCGCGACAAGAAUUCCCUUGCUCGAACCUCCAAGAGUUAUGAUCGAUUAUCGAGAUAGACCGGUCGCUCAGAUACAGGAUGCUUCCUUAUAUUAAUAUACCGUUCGAGUGGUUGUCUGGGGUGGUGGGAGCCUCUACCGACGAGCUCAAGCUCAUCUUCUCUCUUCUCCUUUCUUACCCGCUUGCCGGCCUCUUGAAACGCGUGCCAGAUGCUCGCCCCGAAUAUAAGAAUCUAUUUAACAUAGGCGGAGGCCUAUUCUAUCUUAUCGGCUUAUUCUCGCUAUGGGCUGGUGUUCGAACCCUCUUCAUCUCAUCCGCCGUCACUUAUGCCCUUGCCCACUACUUACGAACAUCCGCGUACAUGCCAUGGAUCGCCUUCGUAUUCCUCAUGGGCCACAUGGCUGUGAAUCAGCUCAGUCGCCAGUUUGACAAUAAUGCAGCUGCUGUCGAUAUCACUGGUGCGCAAAUGGUGCUCGUUAUGAAGCUCUCCGCCUUUGCUUGGAACGUGGCAGACGGUACCCUACCCGAGGAUCAGCUCAGCGACUUCCAGAAGAGUAGAAGAAUAAUCAAGCUACCCGGUCUUCUCGACUAUGCCGGAUAUGUGCUAUUCUUCCCGGGCCUCCUCACAGGCCCUGCCUUCGAUUACAACGAAUACCGCGGCUGGAUUGACUGUUCUAUGUUCGACGUCCCUGCUACUAUCGACUCUGCUAAGAAGCCACCUACUAGGAAAAAGCGCAAGAUUCCGAGGAGUGGCACACCCGCAAUGUUAAAAAUGGCGAGCGGUCUCGGGUGGAUCUGGCUCUUCUUGAAUCUAACCGAGUGGUACAGUCCCAGUGCCCUCCUCGUCGACCGCUCUCCUUCAGCGGGCUUCCUACGCCGUGUCUUUAUUAUGCACAUGGUGGGAUUCACGACGCGGUGCAAGUACUACGGUGUAUGGUGUCUAGCAGAAGGUUCGUGCAUACUCUCAGGUCUGGGCUAUAAUGGCGUAGACCCUGUAACAGGUAAAGUUGCGUGGAACCGGGUACAGAAUAUCAACCCCUGGGGCGUGGAGUUGGCGCAGAACAGCCGCGCCUAUCUGGAGAACUGGAAUAUGAACACCAACAAGUGGCUACGCUACUACGUCUAUCUACGCGUAACGCCACGGAAUAGGAAACCGGGCUUCCGCGCCAGCAUGGCCACCUUCGUGACCAGCGCCUUCUGGCACGGCUUCUACCCGGGGUAUUACCUGUCUUUCGUCUUUGCCGCCUUUAUCCAGACAGCCGCAAAAAAUUACCGCCGCUAUGUGCGACCCUUCUUCCUCGAUCCAGUCACUCAGAAGCCGCUCCCCACCAAAAAAUACUACGAUAUAGCUUCAUGGAUAGCGACGCAAACAACUUUCUCGUUUGCAGUAACGCCCUUCAUCCUCCUCCGUCUCGACGACUCACUCCGCGCGUGGAGCCGCGUAUAUUUCUACGCGCUAAUCACCACGGGCGUUAGCUUGGCCUUCUUCGCGUCGCCGGCCAAGUCCCAGCUCCGCCGGAUGCAGGAAGAACGUACUCGCGGUCGCGGUGCCGGCAGGGAUAGGACGUCGUCUCGCUCUGCCAGCGCAGAUAGUUCCGCUAGUCCUAUCUUGGGCCUAAGCGCGGACCCCGCUAAGGAUAUUGAUGAGGCGCUGCAGGAACUAAGAGAGGAAGUAGAGAGGGUCAGGAAGGACGUCGAUGGCAAGAUAAGUGUUGGGAAGAACGAGAAGAAGGAAUUGUGAUUUAUUCGCACGGCCUACUCCUCGAAGGUCCAAGGCCGAAAGGAACCAAGGCUAGUGGAGUUGUGAACCAUGGUAUCCGUCGGAGUGGAAUUCAAGUCGCAUGAUCAUACUCGGUGGUCUAAAACCUAGGUCCAGCUACCAAGGAAUCCCGAGGCAGGCGGGCGUACGGAUUACUGACGGUUAGCUACCUACCUAGGUAGUUGAUGUUUAGUGGGGUGUACCAUAUUUUCAAGACAGAUGAGAGGGGGUAGUGAGAUGAGGUAAGAAGAGAAAUGGUAAUAUAUCAUCACUCCAGCGAAAGCUUCAAGUUGACCAUAGGAGGGGGGAGGGUGGCUUAUGGACAGAUAUUUAGAUAUAAUGCCAAUAUCAAUGCCUUACAGUCGAGUCUUUGAAGGUAACAGUUAAAUAAAUGAAUUUACAUGGGAGGUAAUUAUAACAACUUCGUCCAAAUUUUCCGGAACUUGGACAAGGGGAACAAUUCACUUUUCUUUCUUUUUUUUUUUUAAAAAAAAAAAAA